GGCGGCGCGCGGCCGGUUCGAAUGCACUGGUGCCGCCCUCCCCUCAGCCGGGCCAGGGACGUCCAUUGCGGCGGCGAGCGGCGGCGGCGGAGGAAUAACCAUAGCAAUGGAUGCCUACACAAAAAUAGAGAAGAUUGGGGAAGGUACCUAUGGUGUUGUGUAUAAAGGUCGGCACAAAACCACAGGCCAAGUGGUUGCUAUGAAGAAAAUACGUCUAGAAAGUGAGGAGGAAGGUGUUCCAAGUACUGCUAUCCGAGAAAUUUCUUUAUUAAAAGAGCUGCGUCAUCCCAAUAUAGUCUGCCUCCAGGAUGUUCUUAUGCAGGAUUCAAGACUGUACCUCGUUUUUGAAUUCCUUUCCAUGGAUCUCAAGAAAUAUUUGGAUAGUAUUCCAUCUGGCCAAUAUUUGGAUCGUUCACGUGUUAAGAGUUACUUGUAUCAAAUCUUGCAAGGUAUUGUCUUCUGCCAUUCAAGAAGAGUUCUGCACAGAGACUUAAAACCUCAGAAUCUCUUAAUAGAUGACAAAGGAGUGAUUAAACUGGCAGACUUUGGGUUGGCUCGAGCCUUUGGAAUUCCAGUGCGAGUAUACACUCAUGAAGUAGUGACACUGUGGUACAGGUCUCCAGAAGUGUUGCUAGGAUCUGCUCGUUACUCUACUCCUGUAGAUAUGUGGAGUAUAGGUACCAUAUUUGCUGAGCUGGCAACCAAAAAGCCACUUUUCCAUGGGGACUCUGAGAUUGACCAGCUCUUCAGAAUCUUCAGAGCUUUAGGUACCCCCAACAAUGAGGUGUGGCCUGAAGUGGAAUCCCUGCAAGACUAUAAAAACACAUUCCCAAAAUGGAAACCCGGCAGCCUGGGAGCACAUGUUAAAAACUUAGAUGAAGAUGGACUCGAUCUGCUGUCUAAAAUGUUGAUCUAUGAUCCUUCAAAAAGAAUUUCUGGCAAAAUGGCCUUGAACCAUCCAUAUUUUGAUGACUUGGACAAAUCCACUCUUCCUGCUAAUCUGAUUAAGAAAUAAGACCUUUGGACUAAAUCAACCAGAAUGAAAUAAUUGUGAUUGCUUUUAUUAUAGAGUCUGUAACUUGUAUGUUUGUCUGCUUUAAAACUGUGGCUGUGUUUUUAGUCUGUUUUGGUUUAAGUGUUUUCUAAAUGUAAAUAUUAACCUAUUAGUGUGGAAUUCAAAUACAAUGCAAAUAUUGCUGCCGUUAAUGCAGUGAACUUCCUAUAAAUAAAGCUUUAAAUCUGUGAA